AUGCCGGCCGCUGUGGCAUCCCAAUGGCGGGACCGCCAACGGAGGGUGUUCCAGUCCGUCUUCCAGACGGAUGUUACUCAACCCACGCCUCAGUCAGCUCGAAGUACCCUUCUCCCAGGGCCCGAGCAGCCGUCUGCCGUAUCCGCAGCGCCCUUUCUCGGCCAACAACAAACCUACCCGUCACAGAGUCAUGGGCACCCCCUAGCAGACCAGCACUCCCUCCGGCGAAGUACCCCUGAGCCGCCCCUCCAGACAACACCCGCACAGCCACUGUUCCCCCCCGCGGCAGAAACAGACGACCAGGCUGCCUAUGAUCGCGCCUGGCACGUCGUAACCGCCCACAUUGCCCUCCCCUCGUCCGCCACCGCUGACGAUACGUUUGGUACUACCACCACCACUUCCACCCUUGCCGCAGAGCCGCAGCAGCAGCAACAGCAGCAGUCAUGGCCCAGCAGUAGGAGACGAGGCCGCGGUCGAGAUGCUUCUGCCGCACCGUCAGGCCCAGUCUCAGGCCCUGCCCCUGACGGUGACUUCUAUGAGGCCUUCGCUGCCCUCGCCAACGCCCGCUCGCUGCUGCCCGGCGCUACCCGCACCGGCGACGUCCUGGCUUGGCAUGUUCGUCAGGUGCGCGCCCACUUUGCUCAACACGUGAUCCCCCUUUUGGCCGGGUGCGUCGAUGACGAUGGUGGUGGUGGUGAUGAUGAUAAUGAAGAGGGGACUGAGAAUAUGGAUAAUCAAGGCCGUCGUUGGAAGGUGGCAGGGGGGAAGGGGAAGGGUGAUUACUACGAGAGACACAUGGUGAUUGUUAUGAGUAGUAUUCGGACGCUUGAGGCUGCGCUGCGACUCUACUUUCAUGGCCUCCAUCAGUUGUUAUCAGGGUUUGCCCGUCUCGCUGAUGUUGCUCCAGAGGCGGCUAAGAACGCUGAGGUGCUGAAUGCCCGCUUCCGGCGGGACUUGCAUGCCCUUGUUGGCGGCUCCGUGUCGGCGGGACUGAUACGUUCCGUAAAAGCGGUCUUGGUACGCCUUGCCGGGACGAUUCUCGGUAUCCCUUCUCCCAGUGAAGUUGGAGGAGGGUGGGCAACUCGACCCGCCCCGCCGGGGCCCGAUGAUCUGAAAGUACAGGCCGCGAGGGAGCGGUUAAUCGAGUUGGUUCAGCAGCUGCAGAACGUAGGCCUGGCUGGCGAGCGGUUCCAGGUCCUCUUCGCCGAGAUCAUGGACACCAUGAUGUCCAGCUUUGUCAGCGGAGCUUAUGCCGGCGUGUGGUCGGCACCAGACACACGCUCAUUUUCGGCUACGAUGGACUCAGUGUCACGAGGCGCGCCGCUGUCUACGGCAUCACCGUGUAUCAUGUCGCUGAAUGACUGGGUGGAGAACCAUUUUGCGCGGCUGAGCUUCGAGGUGCUGGCCUGCGUCUCCAGUAACCCUCAAGGGCCACUGCCGGUGUCGCUAGCCGACCUCAAGAUGUACCAGUCUCUCGCCCUUGGCCGUCUCGCUGCCCUGCGUAUUCAGGAACUAUUUGACAUCGUCUUGGCAUGGCCGGCGUCCCGCCCGGCGCUCGAUGACUUGCGUGCCACCAUCACCACCGCCGCUCGCCGGAAGCAGCUUACCAACAGCUUUUCGCGUGCGCUACAAACCCGCCUACUACACCCAGGCUGUAGCACGCUUGAGAUCUUGCAGACGUACAUCUCCAUUAUCCGCACGCUACAUGCUCUCGACCCCAGCAAGGUGCUCCUCAGCCGGGUCGAGCCGGGCCUGCGGUUGUAUCUGUGCCAGCGGGAGGACGCUGUCCGCGUCGUUGUUGCGGGGCUCCUUGCCAGCCCCGACGAGAUGCGCGCCGCGAGGAAGGUCAAGGAGGUAUGGAGGCAACAACGCGACGAAGCUGGUCAAGCCAAGAAACGUACAAGGGACCACGACGACUAUUCUGAUGUUCUCGCUACGCCGGGAUCCUCCUCGGCCAGAACUCCCCAGCCCAGAGCAGCCCGCCGUGGUUUCGCCCCGCAAGCAGACAACACUACCCCGUCCUACACAUCAGUGCCAACAACACCCGCUCGCCUACCACUCCCCAGAAAGUCCACAGAGCCCCUCCCCAAAAAGCUAGUCGAGCUCGCCCUCCUCCUCAACAACGACCCUUCCCAGGCACAGACCCGCCGUGGCGCCACUGCCGCCCCUUCUUCAGACGACGCGGACCUCGACUGGGCCGACCCGUCCUGGCUUCCCGAUCCCAUCGACGCCGGCGCGCACUACAAGCGCCCGAGGCGCAGCGAGGACGUUAUCGGCACGCUCAUCUCGGCUCUAGGCAGCGAGGAUGCCUUCAUAAAAGAGUUCUCUGCCGUGCUUGCCGAACGGCUGCUACUGCCGCCGGCGUCGUCGAAUGGCAGCCCGACGCAGCAGCGGUUCGAGCAGGAGCUGAGGGUGCUGGAGCUGUUGAAGCGGCGGUUUGGCGAGGCCAGCUUGCAGGGCUGUGACGUGAUGAUUCGGGAUGUGGUAGAUUCGAGGAGGGUUGAUGCCGGGAUCUCGAAGCGGAGGGAUAGAGUGGGCAGAGAGAGUCUACAGGGUAUGGGGAGGAUCGAGGAGGUGGAAUUAGGGGCCAGAGACGGCAUAGAAUAUCACGCGAGCAUUCUGAGUAGGCUCUUUUGGCCUGGCCUAGAGAGGGAGCAUUUCCUGCUCCCUGCUGUUGUGGUCCAGCAGCAGGAGCGGUAUGAGGCCGGGUAUGAGGAGCUCAAGUCGCGACGGAAGCUGACUUGGCUUAACCAGCUGGGCCAGGCGAGGGUCGAGAUUGAGUUGGACGAUCGCACGGUUACGGUGGAUUGCAGCCCUGUAGAGGCGACCGUCGUGUACGCUUUUCAGGAGGGUGGUGAUGGUGCUGGCGGCGCGGUGCAGAAGUCAGUUGAGGAGCUGUAUGAGCAGCUGCAGUUGGACGAGGAUCUCAUCGCGGCCGCGCUGCAGUUCUGGGCUGGCAAGGGCGUCCUACGCCGCGUGCCGGGCGCCGCGAACAGCAACACUUACGUCGUCGCGGAGACGCUCAGCGAACCUGCCACUGGUGCUCCCGCAUCAGAUGCCGCAGCCGACCAGCCCAUGGAGGAAGAACCGGCGGCGGCGGCUGCGGCGGCCAGCCAGGGCAUGUCGGCCAAGGAGCGCGAGCGCCGCGAUAUGUACUGGCGCUACAUCCAGGGCAUGCUGACCAACGCCAGCACCAGCAUGCCCCUGGCCCAGAUGGCCAUGAUGAUGAAGGUGCUGAUAGCCGACGGGUUCCCCUGGAGCAACGAGGAGCUGCAGGACUUCUUGGGGGAGAAGGUCGCUGGGGGGGAGAUGGAGGUUGUGGGCGGGAAGUACAGGCUUGUUAGGAAUCAGUUCGAGAUGCUCGGGAGCUGGGAGUGUCAACAACCCCCGUAUUUACAUUUCUAA